UAUGCAAAUUUGAUCAUACAGGUAGAAGUACUUCGCUGUUUUGAUUUUUUCGUUAAUAAUGCAAAUGUCGCACGGUCCGUAGAGGCAUCACCACUGACUCUUCCUCUCCACACACAGACGUUGCUCCCUGCAGGCUCGGCUGUUUGUAUGGCAGUAAUGGAAACUAGUGAACCACCGAAUAUUGUAGCUUCGCUAAUUUUCUGAAAAAAAGCAAUCUUCUUUUUUUAAAUAUAUCACAGAUUAACAUUUUUUUUAAAACCUGACAUUUUAAAGUAUUUUUUUCUGACGUCUAUAUCUGGCCGCCAUGGGUGGACUGGGGAAUGGUCGUCGUGGAGGAAGAGCCCCUCCUUUAAUGGUUGCCGCCCUAAUUGCCUGUAUCUUAGUUUUGGGCUUUAACUACUGGGUGUCCAGCUCUCGCAACCUGGAGCUACAGACCAAACUGUAUGAGCUGGAAGGCCAGGUGCGACGAGGAGUGGCUGAGCGAGGUGUAGCAGAGAUGAAGAAGAAUGAGUUUCAGGAGCAGAUUCAGAAACAGGUGCAAGAGAUCAAUCACAUUGAAAGCCUUCGCAGGAAACAACUAGAAGAGGUCCAUAACACAUACAGCCAAGAGAAGGCUAAAUUGCAGCAAAAUAUUUCUGCCAGCACCAAAACCAUAGAGGAACUCAAAGAUCAGCUGAAUCAGAUGAACAAUGACUUGGGGAAGCUUCAGAAAGAGCUGCAGCGUUGCCAGGCCAACACAAGCAUCCUCAGCAAUAAGCUCACUGUUGACAUAGCUCACUGUCAGUCUCAGGUUCUGUCCCAAAAGAAGCUGUGUGAUGAGAAAGUGGCUGCUGUUAAACAUGAAGUUCAGAAGAAUGUUCAGAAAGUCGUUCCGUCUGCAGGCGCUUCCACACAGCAGAAAAACGCAGAGGCUGGAGAACAGAGUGAAGAGCCAAUGGUAAAGGCCGCUCCCACAGAGGCUGAAGCGGCAGCUGCUGUGAGCCAGAAACCAAACAUGCCUCUGGGCAUAGGAAGUAAAGCUUCUGAGCUGCUCAACAACAUCAACACUGACAAAGAGUUGUCAGAACAACCUCUGAUAGAUGAUCUAUCUAAAGCCGAGUCCCAGACUGUUCCAUUGACCGCUUCAGAGAAUCAGAACAAACUGCAGCAGAAAGAGGGAGAAGGGAAAACUUCUGAGGCAACGACCAGAAAAGGUUUGACAAACCCUCUGAUGAAUGAUAAAGACAUAGAAGUGAUGGACGUUCAUGAGGAAGAUGUCCAAACUGAAGAAGCAGAUCCUGGAAUGCAGGACAUCCUAAAUGGUCAAGAAAAGGCAGAGGAGACGGCUAAUGGUCAAAGGCCUGAGGAACCAGAUGAAUAUGACGGAGAUGAGCAAGUUGUCGAUGGAGUUGAUCUGGAGAAACAGAGAAAUAAAAACACAGAGGAGGAAAUAGCUGACUACAAUGGCGACGAUGAGAAUGAAGGAGAGUUCGAAGCUGACAAACAAAUUGCACUUGCUCAAAACUGAGAAUCCUGCUGCUGUUUUGCAGAGAUACAACAGAAGAAGAAUCCUCCAACCUUUCCCAUUUCAGAGAACGAGAUGUUGUGCACCACAGCUCCGCAGCACCCAGGCAAACGGCAAAAGCACAAACCACUUUCGGCGUUUUCUUGAACUCGUUUAGAUGAUCAGAUGAUCAACUAUCGUCAUUCCUCAUUCAAGAACAUGUCAUCUGUUACCUUUCCUUUUCUUUUUUUUUUUAAAUUUGGGUUAGUGAAUGUCAGACAUGACUGAAGACAUCUCAUAGCUUGACACCAUUUGGACCAUGUCGAUGUGGAUUAAAAUGACAAGUAUUUCAUGAUGUGUUGACAGGUCUUAAGGUCAUUUGAUAGCAACUGUGAAUUCAGAUAUCAACUUACUGCUGUAGGGCUUCAGGGUGUGAAAUACUGAGAUGAGCUUCAAGAUCUGAGUGCUUGCUGUGACACGCAUCAGCCACCAGAGAGCGCAGUUACCUUUCUCCUUCUUGCGUCUUUAACAAGCCUUCAUCGUUCUGUAUAGUUUCUUAGAGCAUUUUUUAUAUUUGACUUUAUUUUAAGUCAGUAUUCACCCAUCUCUUAAACAUUCUUUAAGCUUGCAGCCCUGUAACAGAAGGAAAUUACCUUUCCUGUAGUUUCCUGCUAUAUUUCGCUCAUUAAAAAAUGCUGUAUUGUAGUUUAGUUUAGUUAUUGGUCAUUCCUAAAAAUAGAUUUAAAAAACCCCACACAAACACAAUUAGAGUUUAUAGAUGAUUCAAACAUUUUGUUUGAAGCAUAAUUUUAUUGCAGUAAAGUUACAUUCAGGAAUUAAUUCUACACCACUGAUGAAAUGUUCAGGCACUUCAUUGGGAACAGGCCAUCCUUCUAAGCUGUAUUUUCCACAGAGCAUCAUGUGGGUUACUGUUUGAGUCUUUGUGUGUUUGAGCUAGGACACAGAGAUGCUGGUGUUGCUGCUUCAGGAUGUAUCUGCUUUUGUUGUCUGGUUGUGUUUCAACAUCUUAAUCUGCUGACUCUGGAGGUCAAAUGUGGAAAGAUGGUGAAAUUACUCGGUGCGCUCACAGUGUGCUGCAUCCUCUGUGUCAGUAUCCGGCAGGGACUUCACAGAAUUGCUGUAUUGUAAUUGUACACAUUUAGACAAAGCAGGAACAUGAAAUUGUACAUCGUGGCUCCUCGAAGCCAGUAGAUGUGAACUGCAACUCUGAAAUAUGCUCGUGCAUUUCAUAGUGAAGUUACACUGAGCUGGAAACUGGGUAAGUGCAAAUAUAAGCUAGUUGUAGAUGUAAAAAGUAACAAAAAGUAGAUCUGAACUUUUGAAGGAAAAUUGGUUUCCUUAUGAUUUAUGCAGGACAGGAAAUAUUUUAUUUACUCAAUGUCUGUGUAAUAUAGAUGUAGUGAAGUAGAUUUUAAGUUCCCGAAUGUUUUUAUCAUCAGUUGUCUGUUCCAAGAUUACAUAAUCUAGAAGUUAGAAAUGACCUUCCUAGAAUGUUUUUUGCAUAUCUGAAUGAUUUCCCUGCUGUACGUUGUGACGUUUGUAUUGUUCUAUAAGUGUAGAUGUUAUGCAGCCUUGUGGCUGAGAUGACAAAUGUUGGAAUAUAACUCUUGAGAUCCUG